GUGGGCGGGUCAGAGGUCGCCGCGCGGCCGGAAGCACGUGUGUACGCGCGCGCGGGGCGCUGCGUGGCGGGAGGGUGCGCGGGACCGGCCACAGUGAGGGAUCUGCCUGUUGUCCCCAUGGCGGCCAUUUAUUCUGGAAUUUACUUGAAGCUGAAAAGCGCCAAGACCUCCUGGGAAGACAAACUCAAACUAGCUCACUUUGCAUGGGUUUCCCAUCAGUGCUUCCUUCCAAAUAAAGAGCAAGUGUUACUUGAUUGGGUGAGCCAUACAUUGGUUUCUUUUUACAACAAGAAACUUGACCUGGAGGAUGAAGUUGUUGAGAAACUUUGGGCCUACCUGGAUCAUAUUAUCCAUAGCAGAAAACUACAAAACCUCUUGAAGAAUGGAAAAACAAUCAGCCUCAGUUUUUCAAUUGCACAGGUCAUAAAUGAAAGGAUAUCAGAGGCCUGUGCACAAAGGCACCUCAUGAACAUCAGCACAGUGCUGAGCUGCUGCAGAGGCAUCCUUUCCACUCCUCCCCUCACCAUCAUUUAUACAGCAAAAUAUGAGCUGAUGGUAGACCUCUUGAGCAAGCUGUCCUGGUUGGCCUGUAAGCAGCUGACCUCAGAGGAUGCUAUGACUUCCCAGCUGUUUGAUGUUCUCCAGCUGGCCUUUGCUCAGUACCUCCUGCUUCAGAGGCAGCAAAUCAAUCCAAACCGUGUGUUUGGGCAAGUGACCAGCCACUUGUUUCAAGCAUGUCUGCUUCUGAGACAUCUGCUGAUUUCCAGAACAUGGAUGCAGUCAGAUGACAGCCAUGUACGUCAGCACUUGGGCAAGGAAAUCCGAAAUCACAUAGAGACCAUGCUGCAGACUGGGAUAUUUCAGCUUGAGCUCUUGUCAUCCUAUAAAGAAGAGCUGCUGCAAGAAAGGGAACCACAAGGAAGGAAGAAAGGGGCUCUUAAAACUCUCCUUGUGCCAGUCAGUACAGUGCAGAACAAGCUGAGUGAUACCAAUUUUUGUGAAUCUGCUCUCCAUGGAAACAUGGUAGCAAAUUCAGUGCCUCUACUUUACAAGCUUUUCUUGGACUCUUACUGUAAGGCAGAAAACCAGCUGCUUUGCUUCCACAUGUUCACCAGGCUUUAUGGCUGCCUGAGGCUUUCUUACCUGCAGGAGGACCAGUGGGAGGGGAAGACACUCUCUGCUUCAGUCUGGAACACAGAGCUACUUGCAGUAGAACAGCUCCUGAACUUAGUCCUCAGCAACGACAUCUACAACAUUGCUGCUGACCGCAUCCGGCACAAGGAAAUCCAGUUCCAUUUUUACCGCAGGCUGGCAGAGACUCUGGUGAAUCACUCUCAGGCUUCCAUCCCAGCUUGGUUUCGGUGCCUCAAGACCUUGAUUUUGUUGAACCACUUGAUAGUAGAGCCAGAUCUGGAUGAUCUGGUGGCCUCGGCAUGGGUCGAUGCAGACAUCUCUGAGCUCCGUACAAAGAAGCCCCAGGAGGCCCUCAUUAAUGUCAUGUUUCAGACUUACACCAAGCUGCGACAGUUCCCAAAGCUUUUUGGAGAGGUACUGUCUGUGAUAUGUCGUCCAGCUGUUGAGGAAUUGAGGCUGCCAGUCUUGUCUGCUGACCUGACAGUGAAGCUUUGCGAGUGCCUCCUCGAGCUGCCACCCAACCAGAUUCUGGACGUUUUGUCACUCAUCCUGGAGAAGUGCCGGACUUUCAUCAUUCCCUAUGUGGAGGGGGAUUCUGACAUGGCCUUGAAACUGCUGUCUUUGAGUUCAGUGCUACAUGCUUUUAUGUUCAAUAUGAAGUGUCUGGACAAUGUCUCCCCUUUACCUGUGGUCCUUCGCACUCAGAGUCUGCUGGGUGAGCUGCAGAAAGAGGUCAUCCAGCCCUUGCUGGACCUUCUGAAGGAUUGCUGUGUCAAGGAGGAGAACCUGGACCUUUGGCUAGAAAAGACCAGUGACUCUGCUCUCCUCCUUGUCUACACAUGGGUGGAGGUUGACACUCUGCUUCAUAUGAACUGCAGCAAGUACGUUUGUCCACUGGCUGACAUUGUUCCUGCUGUUAGUGAUUCUGCUGUGGAGAGCUGGGAUUUCUCAGCCCUUCUUCCCACUGUGGAUGCCCAGUGUUGGAAGAGAGUAGUGGGGCUCUCAAGCAACUGCUUCUCAACUAGUAAAUAUUGCUUAGAACUGCUUGCUCUUCAGAAAAUGAAAAAGAUUUUAAUACAGAGCAGUUCCAAGACUGAGGCUGAUCUUCAAGCCUUGCAGAACAUGGCAGCGUUCAUCCUUGAAUCUGGGCAAUCAAGCAUGAGCACAGGAAUGUCUGAGCCCUGGAAUGGCAAUGCCAGUGCAGUCACUGCUUUCAACUAUCCCACUGCACACUGGCACCUUGUAGUCUCAAACCUUACAAUCCUGGUUCCAUAUUUUUAUCUGAGAGAUGUUGAGUACCUUGCUGACAUGCUCCUGAGGACUUUAUCAUCCACGCAAGAUCAGGAGGUUUCUGCUGAUCAUGAGUCCUCUGUCACAGUUGGAAAAGUGUCCAGCAAUUUGCUGCAUAGUCCUCUUUUUCCAGAAAUUCGGGUGCUGCACUGUGCUUUUAUAAGUUGCAUUAUUCAGCAGUGUACUGGCAUGCUACAUUCGGCUGCUAAGAGCCCUGCAGAUCAUCCUCUUCUGUUGCUCUCCACAGAUAACAUACCAUGGCAUGAAGAAGUUCUUUCUUCUUGCAAAACUUUGGAUUUGCUAGUAGCCCCAUCAGAAAACAAACUGUUAAAGAAUGAACCCAGCUUAUGCUGGAAAAAAAUGGAAGAAGUUGCUCAAAAUAUAUUAAAGCUGACAAGGACCAGCUCCCCCGUUACCUUGGACGAAGAUAAGAUAGAGAGGCUUUCAGCUCUCUUAGAGAUCCUGUCUGCACUGAAACUUGACAGUCUCUUUCCUUCAGACCAUACACGGUGUUUUCUCUUGUUGCUGUCCUUGGUAGCCAAUACCAGAGCUAAUGCCUCUUGCAGUAAGCUGAAAUUUCUGAGUACCUGCUUGCACCUACUAACGUGCCUACAGACUGGCAGAAAUGCCCGCUCCAGUUUUAAGGUUUUCCAUGCCAGUGAUGUUCUCGAGGCUGUCAUGACUUCUCUCUUCUCAACUAGCAAGUGCUUUGAUGGGACAUCUCCCGUGUGGGCGGAAUUUCUCCAGGUGAUCCAGAGCUUUCUGGAACAUUUCCUUCAGAUAACUGUGGAAAGGAGAUGGAGUGUGAGACUCAAUUUGGAAAAGUUCAUAACUUUCCUAGCAAACUGCAAACCAAGUGCAGAGGCAGCAAGAGGCAAGAGCAGGAAGAACUGGAAUCCAGCAACUGAGCAGCUUCUUCUUGUGGCACUGACCGCUCUGUGCCACAUUCUGACUCUCUUCCAUCAGCAGCAGCAAGAAAUGAGACAGCAACCUACAGAAGAGCUGUCUGCUUUGUUGGAGUUGGCAAUUCUCCAGACAGGAACAGCCAUUGAGUCCUGCCUUUGGAACUGUGCCAAAGACCAGCCUUUGCCUUUAACAUUUAUACCCUCUAUAACCACUCUUCUGAAAGCAGAUUUGAGAUUUAUGAAUAGGGACAGCGAGGCAAAGAGUCCUAAAGACCUUGGCAAACACUGGGAGUAUUCCCAUGCUGAACUAUACCAAAAGUUUUACUCUCAGAUACUGAGAGAAUUGGCCUUGGCAGAAGGCCAUCUCCAGUUCCUUCGGUCUGCUCUGCAGUUUCUAACUGUCUUCUGCUCGGCACAAGAUCUGUAUCCUGGAAAAGAGACUGCUGUCACUGUGUUUUACUCUAUAAAAAAACUCCUUGCUGGUUCUGGGAUCACAGUCCAGGUAAUUCAAAAUAUAGAAAUGCAGCUGACAGAGUUGGGUACUCAGCUGUUAGAGAGGUGUACCACUGAGGAGUUUUAUGUUAUGAUGAAGCUGGUACUCCAGGGAAUUGAGGUUAGCAACCUUUGGAAGCAGAAUCCUCAGGAAGUACUGUCAGCUGUUACCCUAAUCAAAUUGCUGCUCAGCUGCCCGUUAAGUGGAGAGAAAGAGAAAGCUUUCUGGUUUUCCAGUCCCCAGAUAAUCACAGCAUUGGCUAUGCAAUGCAGAGAAGCCUGCCAGGACCAGCUGCUGAUUCCCACCAUUGUUGUGCCUAUACUGGAGGCAGUAGCAGCCCUGCUGAGGCAAGGAGAAGAGAUUCUCACAAACCCACAUCAUGUGUCACUGGCAUUCAGCAUUCUUCUAACAGUCCCUCUGGAUCAUCUGAAGACAGAGGAUUAUGGCAGCGUAUUCCUGGGAAUCCACGAAGUGCUCUUCUCUAUCCUGCAGUGUCACCCUAAGGUGAUGUUAAAAGCGGCUCCAUCUUUCCUGAACAGUUUCAGUAGGCUGGUGGUUUCUGUCAUGCAUGAGGGACGACAGAAAGGAGAGCGAGGGAGCACGGAUGAAUUUGGAGUCGUGUUGAAAUGUGCACGCUUGGUGGAAAGGAUGUAUGACUAUAUUGCUGCAAAAACAGAGGAGUUCACAGUGUUUUCUCCCUUCAUAGCAGCCAAAUAUGUGACUGAACUGCAGAAGGUUACCUUGCACCCAGAAGUAAAGAAACAUCUAACAGAGGGAUUGUAUCACAUCCUAGACCUUUGCAUUGAAAGUGAUAUCAAGUUCUUAAGUGCAUCCCUACAGCCUGGCAUAAGGGAAGUCUUUAAGGAACUGUAUAAUGAUUAUACCCACUACCACAAAACUGAAAAACAAGGGGAGGAGAAAUACACUGCAUGAUACAACCUUAAUAAUGUUGCAUUAUGGACAAGGACCUGAUCUUUUGCAGUGCCAAGAAACUCUGUGCUCUGAUUCAGUUUAGCAUGGAUGGCAGGUUGUGGGAUCAUGUCCUAAGAGAGUUUUUUCGAAAAGCAAAGCAAAACAAGUGAAUGCUGUGUCCCUGUCUGCUUCACUUGUGGUGUGGAAGAAUACCUGUUCUUAGGCCUGAUUGUGCUGCCUGUAGUAAUAUGGGCCAACUGCUGCAUCUCUGCAGCCUCUCCCCACUGAAAUCAGUGAGAUUGCUCGUGUGCUGUUUGCAGUCUGGGACCUUAAAGGUUUUUAUUUAAGCAAACAAUGCACAAUGUCAAAACCUACAGGGGUUGUGUGACUGUCCUGCUGUCACUUACAGUGGUAAGUGACACUUCAUGUCCUUGGAGUGCCUUGCACCUUUUUACUUAAAAAAAAAAUAUUGUGAAUAUUUUACAUUAAUAUGACUGGCUGCUGUUACAAAACCAUACGAACUCUGAUUUUUAUAAAAUGCUGAAGCAUUUGUAUAUUUCUGUCUUGUGACUUUUGUAUCAAGCCAAAUAAAGUAUCAGCAUAAAAGCA